AUGGGAGUAAGAAAAGGGAUAAAUAAAUACUACCCCCCUGAAUUUGAUGCGUCCAAACUACCCCGGCGUCGAGGAGCACUGAAUGAUGCGAUGAAGGUUCGGAUGAUGCUUCCUAUGAGCAUCCGCUGCAAUUCCUGCGGUAAUUAUAUUUAUAAAGGCACUAAAUUUGAUAUGAUUAAGGAAAUAGCUCAAGAAAAAUAUCUUAAUAUUAUCUCUAUUCACAGAUUUUAUUUGAAGUGCACCCACUGCAAGGCUGAGAUCAUGUUUAAGACUGAUCCUCAACAUAGUGAUUAUGUCGUCGAGAUUGGCGCUAGUCGAAAUUUUGAAGCAUGGAGAGAUGAGUGUCAGCAUGAAGAGAUGGACGAUGCAAUGAAACUCUUGGAGAAUAAGAGUUUGGAUAAUAAGAGGAGAAUGCGUAUUGAGAAUCAACUUGAUGAGUUGCAGCGUUUGAAGUGUAGACAGGCCAAAGUUGUUGGUUCAGAAACACUGCUUCAUGUUUUGGCAGACAAGAAGAAGAAGUUAGUAGAAGAAGAAGAAGAGGAUGAUGAAUCACUUGUCAAAUCUAUUUUUGGUCAGAGGUUUAAAGUCCUGAUUAGGCUCCGCGAGGACGAGGACGAGGACACAUUUGCUUCAUUUUCAACCUGA